AUGCCGGGCCCCUUCGAUUCUUCGCAUCGCCGCGGCAGAAGCUGCACUAGGAGUGUCAGACGUCGCCGCCCUACGUCUCUCACUUCUGCCUCCGGCGAUGAAUCGCCUUCAACUUCUGAACGAAAGAAGCAAGAUCGUUCGCAGUCCGACAAGCAGGACGUUGCCGUACCUCACAUAAACGUCCAGGCACCCACUCCUCCGCUAUUGCAGCGUAACUUAUCGGAUUUGGAGGCAGAGUACAAUGACCAGUCUUACCGUGCACGCCAGUCUAAUGAUAAAGGUAAAGGAAAGGGCAACGUCCUGCAAAAGGAAAAAGGAAAAGAUGAUUCGAACGUGAAGGUUCGCAAAAAUCGCUGCACUCACGUCCAUCACCAUCAUUACCACGUCCAUAACCACGCUCAUCACUACCAUAUUCAGGACGACAAACUGGUGGGUGAGCCCAUCCACGAGGUAGAGCAUUCAAUUUACUGUGUUCUGCCCUUUGACGAGUCGGAUCCUUACGCAGCUGUGAGAUACAACAACGAGCACCACCAAAAGCACUUGGACCAGCACAAAGACGUGGAAAAGCAGAAGCAGUUCCAGCCUAGCUACCCGAACCGUAACGGCAAUGGCAACGCUUUCCAAAACUCGGGCCCCUCUCAACAGCAGCAGCAGCAGAAUCAGGACCGCCCUCAGCAAAACACUCUUUCUGGCUCUACAAUUACGCGAGUUCCCGCUUCCGCCCCUGUUCAAGCCCAAGCUCAAGCUCAAGCCUCAUCCGCCUCUCACCCCAGCAGCACCCUUGCCCGCACUUACUUCUCACAAACUUUAUACAGUCGCCGACCCGAACGAACUCCCGGCGUUCCUGUGACGCAUCCGUACCGCGAGAACCUGGAAGGUAACAGUGCUGAUGAAGAGAAUUGGAUCCCUGCUCCCGGUGCUUCGUACAGCGCGUCGGCCCUCGCGAGGGCCGACGACGAAGCCAGCGCCAUCGUCCAGGCUCAGGCCCCGCACCCCCAGACCCCGAGCCCUUCCGGCUCCCACUCCACGCUGACCACGAUCUCCCGCGGCAUCGUGUACACCGGACGAGAUCGCGACGAUCUCUACCGCUCCAGUGACGAGGCGGCAGCCAAGAAGGCAAAGAAGAACAACGGCAAGAAUCGCAAGGGUUUUCGUGCUUGGCUCGCUCGUCGUCUGAGAGGCUAA